AUGGGCCUACACGCAUUGAACCUAUCCAAGAACAAGAUCAGUGCAAUCGAAGGACUGAGAGAACUAACACGCUUAAGAGUACUUGAUCUCAGUUACAACCGUAUAUCUCGCAUUGGACAAGGUUUAUCAAACUGUACACUGAUCAAAGAGCUAUACCUAGCUGGGAACAAGAUAAGCAAUGUAGAAGGCUUACACAGACUGUUAAAACUCAUCGUUCUUGAUCUUAGCUUCAACAAGAUUGCAACAACCAAAGCAAUAGGCCAGCUAGUUGCUAACUACAACUCUCUCGUUGCUUUAAACAUCCUUGGAAACCCGAUUCAGAGCAAUGUUGGUGAAGACCAGCUGCGCAAGACAGUCUCCAGCUUGCUCCCUAAGCUAGUUUAUCUCAACAAGCAGCUUAUUAAACCAAAGAGAGCCAAAGAAGUGCUUAAAGACAGCGUCGCUAGAGCUGCUUUUAGUGGUGGAGAUUCUCUGCACCACAGACGCAAAAGAACAUCCACCAAGAGAGUAGUGGGAUCACCGUCACAUAGCGUCCAUCACAGAGGUCACAAUAGGGAUGAUAAAGAGAAAGGAAAGGGUCGUGGCUCCAAAGGUAGAAGCCAACAUCAGAUGAAGAAAACUUCAACUGCUGAUACAUAA